CGCACUUCCGCAGCUGACAAAUUCAGUAUAAAAGCUUGGGGCUGGGGCAGCGCGGUGGGGACCUUGAGGGUGGCCGGGCCGGCUUUGGAUCCUGCAAGGAGCGGGUAACUGAAGGAAGCGACGCCGAGAAAGCGGGCGCACCACGGAGGGAGAGACGAGGUCCGGAAGCCCGGCAGCGCUUUUACGCACAGCUGCCAACUGGCCGCUGCCGACCGUCUCCAGUUCCCGAGGACGCGCGACCGGACACCGGGUCCCGCCGCAGCCGAGGACAGCCCGCCGCUCGCCGCAGCGAGGCCCAGGGCGGCCCUUCAGGGGGACCUUUCUCAGGCCGCCCGGAUGUGCACGAAAAUGGAACAGCCUUUCUAUCACGACGACUCAUACACAGCGGCGGGAUACGGUCGGACCCCUGGCAGUCUGUCUCUACACGACUACAAACUCCUGAAACCCACCUUGGCGCUCAACCUGGCGGAUCCCUAUCGGGGUCUUAAGGGCCCUGGAGCUCGCGGCCCAGGCCCAGAGGGCAGUGGGGCAGGCAGCUACUUUUCGGGUCAGGGAUCAGACACAGGCGCAUCUCUGAAGCUCGCCUCCACGGAACUGGAGCGUUUGAUCGUCCCCAACAGCAACGGCGUGAUCACGACGACGCCCACGCCUCCGGGACAGUACUUUUACCCCCGUGGGGGUGGCAGCAGUGGAGGUACAGGAGGCGGCGUCACCGAGGAGCAGGAGGGCUUCGCGGACGGCUUUGUCAAAGCCCUGGACGACCUGCACAAGAUGAACCACGUGACGCCCCCCAACGUGUCCCUGGGCGCCAGCGGGGGUCCCCAGGCCGGGCCAGGGGGCGUCUACGCUGGUCCAGAGCCGCCUCCCGUCUACACCAACCUCAGUAGUUAUUCCCCAGCCUCUGCACCCUCUGGAGGCGCCGGGGCCGCUGUCGGGACUGGGAGCUCGUACCCGACGGCCACCAUCAGCUACCUCCCCCAUGCGCCACCCUUUGCGGGCGGCCACCCGGCGCAGCUGGGCUUGGGUCGCGGCGCCUCCGCCUUUAAAGAGGAACCGCAGACCGUACCAGAGGCACGCAGCCGCGACGCCACGCCGCCGGUGUCCCCCAUCAACAUGGAAGACCAGGAGCGCAUCAAAGUGGAGCGAAAGCGGCUGCGGAACAGGCUGGCGGCCACCAAGUGCCGGAAGCGGAAGCUGGAGCGCAUCGCGCGCCUGGAGGACAAGGUGAAGACACUCAAGGCUGAGAACGCGGGGCUGUCGAGUACUGCCGGCCUCCUUCGGGAGCAAGUGGCCCAGCUCAAGCAGAAGGUCAUGACCCACGUCAGCAACGGCUGCCAGCUGCUGCUAGGGGUCAAAGGACACGCCUUCUGAGCGCCCCCCUCGCUCCGUACGGACACCCCCAGCCUGGAAGGCUGGGCGCUCGCCCCCCGCUGGGGUGAGGGGGGCAGGCGAUGGGCACCCGCCCGGAGGCCUGGGGCGCCGCAUACACACUGGACUCGCCCGCCUGCGCCCAGUCCUUCCCCCUCGACGUUUACAUGGCUCCCCUUCCAGCGUAUUUUGUAUGUUUUUUUUUGUUUGUUUUGUUUUUUUCUGGGAAGAGACCGAAUUCAUAUUGAAUAUAAUAUAUUUGUGUAUUUAACAGGGAGGGAGAGGGGGCUAUCGCGGCGGAGCUGGCCCCGCCGCCUGGUACUCAGCCUGCCGGGACACUAGGGAGGGACCUCCGCCCCCUGCCCUCCCCCUCUGCACAGUACUGUGGAGAAGAAACACGCACUUCGUGUCUAGAGUCUAUUUUGAGAUGUGUUUGUGUGUGUGUUUGACUUUUUAUUGAAUCUAUUUAAGUAAAAAAAAAAAUUGUCUUU